GUUGCUAGUUGUGGGAAAGAAUAUAAUAAGUUUCACAAUCAGGUGGAUCUGAACUCACAUGGGACUUCCCCCACAAAAAAGAAGAAGAAAGCGUUGCUUUCCUCUCUGUUAGGUAGUUACUUCUCACUAAACUGAAUCAUAAUCAUAUAUUCAUUAUAGAUAUUACACAGAUAAACAGAAAGAGUGCUCCAUCUCGAUGGCGGAGCUCCGUCACUCCUCCUCACUCGGUACCCGAGCCACUUCUUCUCCGAUGAAGCGCGAUGCCGUCGCCGAUUCUUCUCCUCUCAUUCCCGAAGACGACCUCCCCGACGAUCGCCACUCUCCUAAAGACCGCGACCGUCCUCUCUGCUCGCAUUUUCACCACCUUUGCUCCUUCUUCACCGACGACCCUAGGGUUCAUCUUCACAACUCCAGGAUCUCUAUAUUCUUCGCUUUACUUCUACUUCUUGUUGCCUUGCUCUCCUUAUUCACAAUUCUCAACAAAUUGAAUUCCCCUUACUUGUGUAAAAAAGAUGGGAUCGUUCUUCAUUGCCCACAUGUCAAAGAAUCAGCAUCUCUUUGGGAAAAUCCUUACUCGUCCACAACAUCGUGGAAGCCAUGUGCUGAGCGCAGGGAUGGUGCCUUAUCAGAACUUCCUCAUGAAAAUAAAACAAAUGGAUAUAUAUUCAUUCACGCUGAAGGCGGUCUUAAUCAGCAAAGAAUUGCGAUAUGCAAUGCAGUUGCUGUGGCAAAAAUAAUGAAUGCCACCCUUAUUUUGCCUGUAUUGAAACAGGACCAGAUUUGGAAAGACCAAACGAAAUUUGAGGACAUUUUUGACGUGGAUCACUUCAUUGACUACCUAAAGGAUGACGUCCGUAUUGUCCGUGAUAUCCCAGAAUGGUUUACUGAUAAAACAGAGUUAUUUUCUAGUAUAAGACGGACUGUAAAGAACAUUCCAAAAUAUGCACCUGCACAAUUUUACAUCGACAAUGUUCUGCCCCGCAUCAAGGAGAAGAAGAUUAUGGCUCUGAAACCUUUUGUUGAUAGGCUAGGAUACGACAAUGUUCCUCCAGAAAUCAACAAGUUGAGAUGUAGGGUCAAUUAUCACGCUCUGAAAUUUCUUCCUGAUAUAGAGCAGAUGGCUGAUUUACUAGCAUCAAGAAUGAGAAACCGGACAGGCAGUUCAAAUCCUUAUAUGGCACUGCAUCUUAGAUUUGAAAAAGGAAUGGUGGGCCUAUCUUUUUGUGAUUUUGUGGGGACAAGAGAGGAGAAAGCUAAAAUGGCCGAGUAUAGAAAAAAGGAGUGGCCUCGACGGUAUAAGAAUGGUUCCCACUUGUGGCAAUUAGCUCUGCAGAAGCGAAAGGAAGGACGAUGCCCUCUAGAGCCUGGAGAAGUGGCUGUUAUUCUUCGGGCUAUGGGCUAUACGAAGGAAACUCAAAUUUAUGUAGCUUCUGGACAAGUUUAUGGUGGACAGAACCGGAUGGCACCCCUAAGGAAUAUGUACCCUAAUCUCGUUACGAAGGAGGAGUUGGCAACUAAAGAGGAGUUGGAUGGUUUCAGAAAGCAUGUGACGAGUCUUGCUGCUCUUGAUUUCUUGGUGUGCUUGAAAUCAGAUGUAUUUGUGAUGACCCAUGGAGGCAACUUUGCUAAGCUGAUUAUUGGGGCCCGCAGAUACAUGGGUCACCGGUUAAAAUCAAUUAAGCCCGACAAAGGACUAAUGUCCAAGUCUUUUGGGGAUCCGUACAUGGGUUGGGCUCCUUUUGUAGAAGAUGUUAUUGUUACUCACCAGACACGGACGGGAUUGCCGGAAGAGACUUUCCCUAACUACGACCUUUGGGAGAACCCUCUGACUCCUUGCAUGUGUAAAGCCUAAUCACAGCUAUUUUUAUAGAUACAUUACACUGGGACUUUUGCAUUUCCAAGAACUAUGCCAUCUAAGUUAUGAGUUUCAAAUAUCUCCAUGGCAAAAGUGAAAACCUUGGGCUGCGGUUAAUUCAUGCUGAGGUGGGAGGGACAGUAAAUAGAAAUUUGGAGCAGAGGUAAUGGCUUGCAGGAAAUGAGGUUCAUCUUAAAGAAUAGAUUUCCUACUAUUGAGUGUUCUCUUUAAUGAGACUCCUGGCGUUUUUUCCCCCCUUCUUUUCAUCUAACAUGUAGCAAUACCUCACGUCCACUUUUCUUCCUCUUGAAAAGAAACUGAUAAUUUUUUGUAGCGAGAGAAAAUUGCAAAUCAUUGAUGAAUUAAAUGUUGUUGUUCGAAAUAUGAUUUAUGAAAGAGCUCAUAGCCGUAAAAUGUGA